CCCAUUUUCCAAUUUGCUUAGCCUUACGGCGGGCCCAUGGUGGAAGGGAAUUUGGAAUUAAAGGGAAAAUAUAUCGCUAAAUCGACCAUUCGAUUUUAUCUUAUAAGUACACACAGUACCGUAGCUUAUCAAUUAUUUAAGAAUGGAAAACGAAUGAUGAGACUGGACGUUAGCGAGUAAUAAACUCGGAAGCGGUGGGUGGUGUGUGCACCUCCGAAGUCUGACCUGAAGGCCGCUCCGUCUACCUCUUCUGCAGCGACCUUGUUUUGGGUCAUCCUCUGGAAUCAGUUCAGAUGCCCUGGGUGGUUCGGACAAAGGAUCCGCUUCGGGAGAGUUGUAUUCCUGGUCGUAGUGUUGGUGUUUGCAGCGAGGCUGCAGUUGACUGACCCACUGAACAAUGGCUCAGUUUCCCACGCCCUUCGGAGGAGGUCUGGACACCUGGGUGAUCUCUUUGGACGAGCGAGCCAAACAUGACCAGCAGUUUGUCAGCCUGGCCCCCUCACCAGCUGGCUACAUCACAGGUGACCAGGCCAGGAAUUUCUUCCUGCAGUCAGGCCUGCCCCCUCCCAUCCUGGCACAGAUAUGGGCCCUGGCCGAUAUGAACAAUGAUGGGAAGAUGGACAUGCAUGAGUUCUCCAUCGCCAUGAAGCUAAUCAAGCUCAAGCUGCAGGGUCACCCCCUGCCCCCCUCUCUGCCCCCCUCCAUGAAGCAGCCGCCCCUCACCCUGCCCCCGCCACCCACCGCACCCUUUGGAAUGCAUGGUUUAGGGGUAAUGCCAGGCCUCCCAGCAGUCCCUCCAUUACCCAUGCCCCCUAUGCCAGGGGUGGGUAUGUCCCCCCCUCUGGUGUCGUCGGUUCCCCCGUCUGUACCCCCCUUGGCCAACGGAGCGCCAAUGACGGGCUUCUCCCACCCAGCCACCACACUCAACAAAAGCUCUUCUUCCAACCGCUCCGGUGCCAAGAUGCAGGGCCAGUCUUUUGAGACUUCUAGCACCCCUGUGCCCCCCCAGCCUCCCACUGACUGGGCUGUUCCCAGCUCGUCCCGGCUAAAGUACCGGCAGCUCUUCAACAGCCACGACAAGAUGAUGAGCGGCCACCUCACCGGACCCCAAGCAAGAACCAUCCUGAUGCAGUCCAGCUUGCCCCAGACCUCGCUGGCGUCCAUAUGGAACCUGUCGGACAUCGACCAGGACGGCAAGCUGACGGCCGAGGAGUUCAUCCUGGCCAUGCACCUGAUUGACAUGGCCAUGUCCGGCCUGCCCCUGCCCCCUAUCCUGCCCCCAGACUUCAUCCCCCCCACCUUUAGGAGGGUACGUAGUGGUAGCGGGGUGUCUGUCACCAGCCUGCACUCCACUGACCAGCGGGUCCAAGAGGAGGCCGAAGAGGAGCAGGAGAGCGAGAAACAGAAGCUGGAGAAACUGACUUUCGAGGACAGGAAGCGGGAGAACUUUGAGCGGGGCAACCUGGAGCUGGAGAAGCGUCGACAGGCCCUGCUUGAGCUGCAGCGCAAGGAGCAGGAGCGUCUGGCGGCGCUGGAGCGCGAGGAGCAGGAGAGGAAGGAGCGCGAGCGGCUCGAGCAGGAGAGGCGGCGGCAGCAGGAGCUGGAGAAGCAGCUGGAGAGGCAGAGGGAGAUGGAGAGGCAGCGGGAGGAGGAAAGACGCAAGGAGAUUGAGAGGAGAGAGGCGGCAAAGCGGGAGCUGGAGCGUCAGCGUCAGUUGGAGUGGGAGCGGAACCGCCGGCAGGAGCUGCUGACCCAGAGGAACCGAGAGCAGGAGAACAUUGUCCUGCUCAAAGCCCGCAAGAAGACCCUGGAGUUAGAGCUGGAGGCACUGAACGACAAGAAGAGCCAGCUGGAGGGCAAGCUGCAGGACAUCCGCUUCCGCCUGUCUGCCCAGCGGCAUGAGAUCGAGAGCACCAACAAGACCCGCGAGGUCCGCAUCGCUGAGAUCACCCACCUCCAACAGCAGCUGCAGGACUCUCAGCAGUGGCUCGGCAGGCUGAUCCCUGACAAACAGUGUCUAAACGAACAACUCAAACAGGUUCAACAGAACAGCCUGCACAGAGACUCCCUGUCGUCGCUGCAGAAGGCGUUGGAGGUCAAGGAGUCUAGUCGGCAGCAGCUGAGAGAACAGCUUGACACUGUGGAGAGAGAGACCCGCUCCAAGCUGCUGGAGAUAGAUGCCUUUAACACCCAGCUCAAGUCUCUGGCUGUGUUCUAUCAGGGCCACACUGCCCGGAUAGAGGGCCUCCGUCUGGAGCUGCUGCUGGAGGAGCAGAGGGGGCGACAGGAGCUCCGAGAGAUCCACAGCAAGCAGCAGAGGCAAAAGCAGAAGGAUCACCUGGAGGGAGAAUUCAACAUCCACGCCAUCGCCCAGGAGAGGGCCAAGUCCGCCGAGCUCACAGACGGAAGGUUGUCUGCCACUGACGAGGGCCUGGCGUGGCGAGAUGAGGGCACGGUGGAGGCCCCCACCCCACCCCCCCAGCCCUGGAUGAAGCGCGUGAGUGAGGAGGAGGGGCGCACUAAGAAGGACAUGCAGGACAAACUCAACCAGCUCUUCAUGCAGCAGCCUGAACCAGGGAAACUCAUGAACCAGAGCCCAUGGCCCACGGGCGACAAGAUUCCGGUGACUGGGUUCAACCAGGACAAGGUCAAGGUGGUCUUCUACCGGGCGCUGUACCCCUUUGAUGCCCGCAGUCACGAUGAGAUCACCAUCACCCCCGGAGACAUUGUCAUGGUGGACGAGUCCCAGACAGGUGAGCCAGGCUGGCUGGGCGGCGAGCUGAAGGGGAAGACGGGCUGGUUCCCUGCCAACUACGCAGAGAAGAUCCCAGAAACCGAGGUUCCCAUGAGCCUGCGGGCCAGUGCUGCCACCACGGGCGCUGCGCCCAAACUGGCCUCACGGCUCACACCCAACGCCGUCUCCACCACACCCACGCCACCCAGCCAGCCAAUGGCAACCCCUCCCCCGGCAACAGCUCCCCCUGCCCCCGGUCCCUGCCCUGGCCCUGGUCCCGCCUCUUCCUCCUCCUCGGCAUCUAGUAACUGGGCAGAUUUCAGCACCACAUGGCCGUCCACCAGCUCUGUAGAGAAGACUGAGACUGGGGAGGGCUGGGACGCUUGGCCCACCCAGCCGUCUCUCUCUGUGCCCAGUGCCGGGCCCGGGGGCCAGCUGCGCCAGCGCUCUGCCUUCACACCCGCCACCCUCACUGGCUCCUCUCCGUCUCCCGUCCUGGGACAGGGGGAAAAGGUGGAGGGCUUGCAGGCCCAGGCGCUGUACCCGUGGCGGGCCAAGAAGGACAACCACCUCAACUUCAACAAGAGCCACGUGAUCACAGUGCUGGAGCAGCAGGACAUGUGGUGGUUCGGCGAGGUGCAGGGCCAGCGGGGCUGGUUCCCCAAGUCCUACGUCAAGCUCAUCUCUGGCCCCGUACGCAAGUCCAUGAGCAUUGAGUCUGGCUCAUCCGACAGCCCCCCGAUCAUGAAGAGACCCACCCCGUCCCCUACCAAGUCCAUGGACCCAGGAGAAGAAUACAUAGCCAUGUACACCUACGAGAGCAAUGAGCAGGGCGACCUGACCUUCCAGCAAGGCGACGUCAUCGUGGUCACCAAGAAGGAGGGCGACUGGUGGACAGGCGUGGUCUCAGGCAAGACGGGGGUAUUCCCUUCCAACUACGUCAAACCCAAGGACUCUGAGGGACUGGGACCCGCAGGGAAGACUGGAAGCCUGGGGAAGAAGCCCGAGAUAGCCCAGGUCAUCGCCCCGUACACGGCCACGGGGGCCGAGCAGCUCACCCUGGCGCCCGGCCAGCUCAUCCUCAUCAGGAAGAAGAACCCGGGGGGCUGGUGGGAAGGGGAGCUACAGGCCCGGGGAAAGAAGCGGCAGAUUGGCUGGUUCCCGGCCAACUACGUGAAGCUCCUGAGCCCCAGCACCAGUAAGACCACGCCCACAGAACCCACACCCCCCAAGCUGCCAAUGCCCAGUGCAGGUAGGGGCCAGGAGCAGGGAUCUGACGGGGGCCCGCCAGGGCCUUGGGGCCCCUCCUUGACUCAACAUAUGACGGCAGUCUGUCAGGUGAUUGGCAUGUACGACUACAUGGCGCAGAAUGAUGACGAGCUGCCCUUUGGGAAGGGCCAGAUCAUCAAUGUGCUGAGCAGGGAAGACCCUGAUUGGUGGAAAGGCGAGCUGAACGGUUCCGUGGGCCUCUUCCCCUCCAACUACGUCAAACUGACCACCGACACAGACCCCAGCCAACAAUGGUGCGCGGACCUGCACCUGCUGGACAUGCUGACCCCCGUUGAGAGGAAGAGACAGGGCUACACGCACGAGCUCAUCGUCACCGAGGAGAACUAUGUCAAUGACCUGCAGCUCGUCACCGAGGUCUUUCAGAAGCCUCUGCUGGAGUCGGAGCUGCUGACUGAGAAAGAGGUGGCCAUGAUCUUCGUCAACUGGAAGGAGCUCAUCAUGUGUAACAUCAAGCUGCUCAAGGCUCUGAGGGUUAGGAAGAAGAUGUCGGGCGAGCGGAUGCCGGUGAAGAUGAUUGGAGACAUCCUGACGGCUCAGCUGCCCCACAUGCAGCCCUACAUCCGCUUCUGCAGCUGCCAGCUCAACGGGGCCACGCUCAUCCAGCAGAAGACCGACGAGGUGCCCGAGUUCAAGGACUUUGUCAAGAGACUGGCCAUGGACCCAGGUUGUAAGGGAAUGCCCCUCUCCAGCUUCCUCCUCAAACCCAUGCAAAGGGUGACGCGCUACCCCCUCAUCAUCAAAAAUAUCCUAGAGAAUACUCCGGAGGCUCACCCGGACCAUAGCCAUCUGAAGCAGGCUCUGGAGAAGGCUGAGGAGCUGUGCUCCCAGGUCAACGAGGGUGUCAGGGAGAAGGAGAACUCUGACCGGCUGGAGUGGAUCCAGGCCCACGUCCAGUGUGAGGGGCUGUCUGAGCAACUCGUGUUCAACUCGGUGACCAACUGCCUGGGCCCGCGCAAGUUCCUGCACAGCGGCAAACUCUACAAGGCCAAGAGCAACAAGGAGCUGUACGGCUUCCUAUUCAACGACUUCCUCCUGCUGACUCAGAUCAUCAAGCCCCUGGGCUUCUCGGGCUGCGACAAGGUGUUCAGUGCCAAGUCCCACCUGCAGUACCGCAUGUACAAGACCCCCAUCUUCCUGAACGAGGUGUUGGUGAAGCUGCCAACAGAUCCCUCGGGAGAUGAGCCCAUCUUCCACAUCUCCCACAUCGACAGGGUCUACACCAUCCGGGCAGAGAGCAUCAACGAGAGGACUGCUUGGGUGCAGAAGAUCAAGGCAGCUUCGGAGCUCUUCAUCGAGACAGAGAAGAAGAAGAGGGAGAAGGCUUACCUGGUUCGCUCACAGAGGGCCACGGGCAUCGGCCGGCUGAUGGUAAACAUUGUGGAGGGCAUCGAGCUGAAGCCCUGCCGCUCCCACGGUAAGAGCAACCCGUACUGCGAGGUGACGAUGGGUUCCCAGUGCCACAUCACCAAGACCCUGCAGGACACGCUCAACCCCAAGUGGAACUCCAACUGUCAGUUCUUCAUCAAGGACCUGGAGCAGGACGUGCUGUGUGUCACCGUGUUUGAGAGAGACCAAUUCUCUCCUGACGAUUUCCUAGGCAGGACAGAGAUCCGUCUGGCGGACAUUAAGAAGGACCAGGGCUCCAAAGGGCCCAUCACCAAGAGGCUGCUGCUCCACGAGGUGCCCACAGGAGAGAUUGUCGUACGACUGGACCUGCAGCUCUUCGAGGAGCCCUAGCCCAUCCCAGUUCAUCCCAGCCCUGCUCAGCUCAGCCUAACCCAGCCUAGUCUAACACCCAUAUACACCCCCCACCCCACCCCGUUAUCCCUGCCCGAAGACUCACCAAGCUCUAGUGACAAUCCCCAACGGCCCAGCCCCACACUCGUGUGUGUGUGUGCGUGCGCGUGUGUGUGUGACUGUGAAUGAAUGUCUGCAGAAGGGUUUCAAUUAUGGUGAAGGUUUUUUUCUCCUCUUUAUGAUUUGUAUCAUUAUGGUGUAUAUAUGAUAUCAUGACUCCACUAUUAUUUGGUUGAACAAAAUAAUGACGCAUUCCACAGCUAAUCUAAAAUCUCAAAGGCCGUCUUAUAACGCAAUGAACCUUUGAGACAUGAUAUACUGUGGAGAAAUGUUUGAACAACACAUAUGAUCAUUGCUUAUGCACUGUAUGUCUUAAAGAGCCCACCCUGUGGCAUUAACACCUGGGGCGUGUUCAUUAGUCAACAAGCGGAAGAAAACGGACAAACCGGGCGAGACUCCCUUGUCCAAUAAUAAACGUUAAUUUUCUUUUCACGUUGCAAAACAUUUUAAAACGCCUUCCAUUGUGUGGCCAAAUGAACACCACCCAGGUGACCACACUUUUGUUGUGCCAUCCCUGUGACAACAUACGGCAACCUCCCAUAUAACCUUUGACACUGUGUUCAUGUUUAUAAACAUAUGGCUAUAAUGUCAUUGCAGGUCAGACAAUUUCAAAAGCUUGUCUGAAGCCCAUCUAAUAAUACCCCUGGUUGUUUUAGCUGGAACAUCUUCCCUUGUAUUUCUUUCAUUGAAACGUGACCCAGGUUUCGAGUUAUUUGUUCGUUUCUGUGUACGUCUGUUUGAGACCAGGGUACAAAAGCAGGUACAGUACAUAAGUGAAUGUGAGGAGGAGAGCUAUACUUUGUGAUAUACACUGAAAGGUUUGGUGAGACACUUUGGAAAAAUGUGUUAGGGAAUUAAAGAGCUGUUGUGUUAGUAUACUACAGUAUGCUGAGAAUGAAAAUGAAGCUAUCAGUAAUCUUUACACUGUACCUUUUAUAUGGUCCACAUAUUGAGCGUUGUGUUUUAGAUUGGAAAUUCAAAUGAAAGGCCAGACGAAAUGUUUGGGUGUAUUUGAAACAUUACACAAGUACUGUACGAAAGUACACACUGUCAAAUUGGCUUAGCCCAAAGUAUAUUGUUGUACGGUUUGAGGGAAAUUGAAGAGCAGAUUUCCUGUUUUCUAAAUGAUGUGUAAAUGAGUGCCGAUUUCUAGUUACAUUUGCAGCGUAGACCAAGAUGAUGGAGUACCAAUGUACUACAAAUCAUUUGUUUUUUGAUGGUUAGAAGAAUCAUACGGUGAUAUCAGGAAUGUUUUUGUACUUGUUCCGAAAAAUCCUGUUAUUUUCAACGCAUUCAUAUCUUCACGUUUUGUAUGUAUAUUUUAGUUGUUUUUAAUUACAUUUUUUCGUACGGCAAAAAAGCACCAUUUAAUAUAGAGUGCUAUAUUUAUGUGUUGGAAAGCCAUUUUGUAGUUUUUGUUUUGGAGACUGCGGUCAGGCUUUGUUAUGAUGGACAUAUUCGGCCAAUGCUGUAACGGUUUGUGAAGAGGAGGCAUUUCAGGUUCAUUCAAUUUGGGUCUCAAAUUAAUAUAUUUCCUUUGCAAGAGAACAGGAAUGAUUUUUUUUAGAGUUUUGUGUGGCACUGUGUUCAGUUGGACAACACUGUAUUACAUAUUUAUUGACGUUAAGAAAGACCAUUCUGACAAAAGGGAAAUAUCAGCCUCCAGGUUGCUGCAAUAUGCAAUCUACUCCGAGGUAUGAGACCAUUUGAAUCUUUCAUAUGGUCUUAUCUGUUAUUUUGUUCUUUAUGACGACCCUCCCAUUAUCUUGGGUUCCGCGUUCGAAAGGAGAUGUACAAGGAUAUCCGAAGGCAGCAGAGACGACUGACUUCAGUCUGUUAAGUCUGACAAUGUUAGCAUAGUUUGUCUAAUGUUAGUUUAAUGUAUGUUGUUGUUGUUACCAGCUAUGUGUCCGUGUAGAUAAUGUACAAAUACUAGUGAAAUUCCACUGCCGUGUUAGUGAGAGUGGUCAAGGAGAACAGCGUUUGCAGAGCCUGUGUUCCUUAUGUGUAUGUCUAGGAGGGAGGGAGUAACAUUGACUUACUAUUCUCGAGUGCUUUGGGGUUUGUGCUGGGUCUCUGUUCAAAUUGGAGGACUUAGAUUAUGACUAGUCAUUUCCCUAUAGCGUGCGACCUGUACCUCCACUCCUUCCCGGUUACCCCACAGUAGUGCCCUUUUAAUGUUCACUCUAAAACCAGUGAUGGUCUCUUCUUUUUAAUGAGCAAAGUCUUAACUGAUAAAGUACAGUAUGUGAAUAUGUUGAAAUAUUUGAAAGGAGUAUAAGUAAUAUAUUACAACAACUACCGUAGAAUAAUGUUGAUGACAAUGUAUUGUUAUCAAGGUAUGAGAAGUGUAUUGUCUUAAAUGUUGAAAAUAAAAUUAGAUUGGACCAAGGA